CUUUUCGCUUGUAUUCGCUCAACUCGUUGCUUUGGAUCACUUGCUCUUCACACUCCGGCCUCAGGUAGGACCGGGCUUCUUCGAGAAUGUCCGUCUCGCCUUUCGUGCUCCGUUCGGGUUACGUCGAAUUGGCGAAGAUCGUCCAUUCGACGUGUGGGUCCCUUACCACGUGCUUUCUAUUCACGAGACUAUGGGCAAGGGCUCAGUACUAUCAUGGACUCUGGCGAGAUGACUAUAUUCUAAUUGCGGCUUGGGUAUGCCUCUUGUUGUCAAACGGAUUCGGCGCAGCCGGGCCUGCUUAUGGCUUCAACGUUCUUGAUGGUAGCCCCCGCGGCCAAGCAAUCCACUUCACCGCCGUCAGCUUCAUGUAUGGCUCGAUCGCCUUGGGCAAGACAGCCUUCGCCAUCACUCUGCUUCGAUUGACCUCAGGAUGGAAAAGCAAGGGGCUCCUGUGGGUGGUCAUGGUGCUGACCAAUACUUUCAAUCUCGCCAUGUUCAUCUUGACCUGGCUAGAUAUAUGCGACACCCGUUUCGACCUCGCGCAUCUGCCUGGUCGGUGCAUCCCAAUGUCGGUUGCUACUUGGCUCCAUAUGGGAGGCACCCUCAACUCCUUGGUCUGCGAUAUCAUCCUCACUUGUUACCCGUGGUGGAUCAUCAGCCAGGUUGCAUACAUCCCUGCGCGUGAGAAGUGGGCGGUCGCCGGGUCCAUGGGUCUCGUGGGCGUCGCCAUACUGGUAGAAAUCGCAAAAAUCGUCAUAUUCACCAUGAUCCCGUCCCACAAACACGGAGAGGUGGACUACACCUAUGGUGUCGUGGCGGUGUGCUGCUUGCACCAGGCCGAAGCUGCCGUCUUCAUCAUAGCCCAGACGAUCCCCGUCAUCCGUGUCAUGUUCCAAUCCGAGAAUGCCUCGUAUAGGCCCGGCAGCCCGAGCAGGGCGGCGUCGACCAAGUCAAAGACGGCCGGGCCGAAUGAAGAAGCCACCGGGCCGGUCGAGCUCGUUCAGCUCCCCAGCGGUCGGAUCGUCGCUGCCGACUCCGAAGAAGCCAUCAGAGCCUCGCACACCCAGGAGGUCCCCAAGGACGCAGGUGCGCAGGCGGCGCAGCCGCUGCCGGGUGUCACGGUGACCUCUCCGCCCCAGCAGAGAGCAAGCCAGGGGACUCGCAGAGCCGACGAUGAGGUUCAUAGAAUCUGGCAAGAAAUGGGUCUUUCGAUGAGGGCCUGGUCGAAGUCGCCGUCGCCCCCUCCGGAGGGGGCGCGCCUCUAGGAUCAGCCUGUUUGUGCCCUUGGGUGAAGGACGUCGCGGGAACGUUUGUGUUCUUCAACUUUUGCGGAUAAAAUCACGUAUAUACCAAAGAACCUCAUAGUAAUAUUUGAUAGGAGGGCAUGUUUCUAUAUCUGACAUCCUCGACUUAACUGGCCUCUUGAGCUUAAUUGAA